CCAUUUCAUCACAAACUCAAACACCCUCAAAAUCUCCAUUUUCUCUCUCCUCCAAAAACUUUCUCAACCUUGCAAUGGCUCGUACCAAGCAAACCGCCCGUAAAUCCACCGGAGGAAAAGCUCCAAGGAAGCAGCUCGCCACCAAGGCCGCCCGUAAGUCCGCCCCAGCUACCGGGGGAGUGAAGAAGCCCCACCGUUUCCGCCCUGGAACCGUGGCACUCCGUGAGAUCAGGAAGUAUCAGAAGAGCACUGAGCUUCUCAUCAGGAAGCUUCCAUUCCAGAGGCUGGUUAGAGAAAUCGCUCAGGAUUUCAAGACCGAUCUUCGCUUCCAGAGCUCUGCCGUCGCUGCUCUUCAGGAGGCUGCUGAGGCUUACUUAGUUGGUCUGUUUGAAGAUACUAACCUCUGCGCUAUUCAUGCUAAGAGGGUUACUAUUAUGCCUAAGGAUAUUCAGCUCGCCAGGAGGAUUCGUGGUGAAAGGGCUUAAGUUCUAAGUUUGGUUGAUUUUAAUUUUGUUUGUAAUUUGGUAAUUAGGGUUUAGUAAUGAAAGAAUCUGUAUUUAGUUGGAAGUUUUUAUGUUGAAACCGAAAUGAAUGAAAUCAAAAUGUUAUGGUUUAAUCAAA